GGCGGGCCGGCAGGUGGCAGGUGCCGGGCAGGUGGCUCCGGCAUGAGCUCCUUCGACCUCCCCGUGCCCUCGCCGCCCCGCUGCGGCCCCCAGUUCCCCAGCAUCGGCCAGGAGCCCCCCGAGACCGGCCUCUACUAUGAGAACUUCUUCCACACCCAGGGGGUGGCCAGCCCGCAGAGGCCCCCCUCCUUCGAGGGGCCCGGCGAGUACGGGGCCACCCCCAACCCCUACCUGUGGCUCAACGGGCCGGCCGUGGCCCCGCCGGCCUACCUGCCCGGCCCCAACGCCGGCCCCUUCCUGCCCCAGGCCUACGGCGUGCAGAGGCCCCUGCUGCCGGGCGUGGCCGGGCUGGGCGGCGGGGACCUGGGCUGGCUGCCCCUGCCCUCGCAGGAGGAGCUGAUGAAGCUGGUGCGGCCGCCCUACUCCUACUCGGCCCUCAUCGCCAUGGCCAUCCACGGGGCCCCGGACCGGCGCCUCACGCUCAGCCAGAUCUACCAGUACGUGGCCGACAACUUCCCCUUCUACAACCGCAGCAAGGCCGGCUGGCAGAACUCCAUCCGCCACAACCUCUCGCUCAACGACUGCUUCAAGAAGGUGCCCCGCGACGAGGACGACCCCGGCAAAGGGAAUUACUGGACGCUGGACCCCAACUGUGAGAAGAUGUUCGACAACGGGAAUUUCCGCAGGAAGAGGAAGAGGAAAUCAGACCCGGCCCCGGGCUCGGGCACCUUGGCCGCGGAGAAGCCGGAGCCGGGGCUGCUGGCGGGCGGCCCCGGGGCGGCCGACCCCCGGGACGCGCUGGACGGGGCCCCCCGGGCGGCCCCCGGCUCUCCGGAGACGCGGGCCUCGCCGGGCCCCUCGGGGCCGCCCUGCCUGGGCGGCUUCCUCUCCGCCGUGGCGGCCUACGGGAGCGGCGCCGGGCCCGGGGGCCGCGCGGGGGCCGCGCGCGCUCCCAGCCCCGAGCCCGCCGACGGGACGGGGCAGAACUCGCUGGGCCUCGGCCCCUACGCGCCGCCGGGCGGCCUCGGCGGCGGGGGCCACGCGGGGGGCGAGUGGGCCGGCCCCGCGCCGGGCGGCGCCCUGGGCUACGCGGGCCCCGUCCUCCACCAGCUCGGCCCCCACUUCUUCAACGGCGCGAACGCCAACGGCGCGCUCUACGCCCGGGAGGGCACGGAGGGCUAGGCGGGGGCGGCCCGGCC